CCCAACAAGUGUCACUAGUGACGGAUGGAGUGUAAGAUCAAAACAGCCCGAACCGCACAAAAUUGCAUUAAUUCGUGUCUAGUGAUCUACUCUAGUUUACUCUUCCGAUAUCAACAUCGACCAAAAAUCAACCAAGAAAUACAGAGUAGAAAAGAAGAAAACAGAAAGUAUUGCUUAUAUCUUAGUUUUAUUCAGAGUUCUUGCAAAAAAGGAAUUCGGAUUGAUGGGAGAUGUGGCACGAAAAAUGAAAGAUUGAGAUGAACUGCUUCUGUUGGGUCAGAGGCGAUCACAGCCUAGGACCCAUCAUCGCCAUGGAUGAACUAUUGUUACCUGGGUCACUGGGAACGAGUGCAAGCUUGACGCUACGAUUGGGACAAACUAUUUUCUCUUCUGCUUCUCUGUUGUUUAUGUCUUUUGGUGUUGAAUUUUACAGCUAUACUGCCUUCAGCUACUUGGUAACAGUCAUGGGCUUAGUGCUUCCAUGGGGUUUUACACUGGCAAUGGUGGAUGCAUAUUCGCUUUGUGCAAAGUGUCCUCUUCCGCAACCAGGAAUUCUGUGGAUCAUUAUAAUGGGAGAUUGGGUUUUAUCAAUUCUAGCCUUAGCAGCAGCUUGCUCUACGGCUGCGGUGAUAGAUCUCUUGCUCCAAAAUGAUGGAAGCUAUUGUCCUCCAAAGUUCUGCAGCAGAUUAUGCUAUAAUGGCCGAUCAGCUAUUCAUUCUAUUGACAACAUCUGAUCUUGGCACAAGAAAUGCUGCUAGGCCAGCCAGGGGGAUGAAUGCACCUGUCGUCCCCUUCCUCCCGAUCCCUGAAGAAUCCCGAAGGAUCUACAUCUUCUGCAGGAAUAUAUUUGGUGGUCAUUAAACAGGCCUAAAACAUCUCCAUUUUCUGUCUGGCAGUUGCAUCUUCGAAGCAGUAAGAGUGCAAAACCCUCCUUGUGAGAUAAAACUAGUUUCCUUCAAGUGCAGAUUUGUGAAAUUAUGGCUGGUAUCUCAAAUUGUCACUAUCAUAAAACUUAUGGCUGGUAUCUCUAAUUGUCACUGUCAUAAAACUCCUAGACAAGCAGAAGUGGAUGA